AUGGGUGAACUCCAUGUCGUCGUGUCUCCUCCCCACUGCCACACCUCCAUCGGCCUCCUCCUACGAGUGCCGCCACGGCCGCACCUCCUCCUGUGCCUCUUCCACGGCAACGGCUCGCCUUCCUCUGACGACCUGCUGCAGCUGGUGGAGGUGAUGGCGCUGCUGCAACGUAGCGUGUCGAGCUGCACUGUUGAGCGGCGGGAGCGGCACAAGGGACUGUUGCCUCCUCCUCCUUCCCCCUCCCAUUCACCCUUCGCUCCCUCUUUGUGCCUCUCUAUCUGUUCCUCUGGCUCUGGAUGUGUGUGUGGUGGGAGGGAGGGUGCCAUGGGUGCAAGCAGUGCGGCACAAUUCUGGACGCCAGGGAGGGCCGCUGUGGCGAGUGGGCCAUUGCCUUCACCCUCUACUGCCGGGCUCUGGGCUAUAAUGCUUGACAGGGUUGUGUAUUGCAUGCUCUGCCUGCUAUGCUCUGCCUGCUAUGCUCUGCCUGCUAUGCUCUGCCUGCUAUGCUCUGCCUGCUAUGCUCUGCCUGCUAUGCUCUGCCUGCUAUGCUCUGCCUGCUAUGCUCUGCCUGCUAUGCUCUGCCUGCUAUGCUCCUCCUGCUAUGCUCUGCCUUCCUAUGCUCUGUCUGCAGGUGGGGGCAGGCGAUGGUCUGCUGGCCUGCAAGCUGCAGCAGUGCUUGCAGGAGGAGGGUCUAAGCAGGCCAAUGAUGACGAGAAGGGCAAUGCAAUGGAGGGAGAUGGGGAUGGGUGGUUGCAAUGCAAGUGGAGUGUUAUUGGAUCAGCCAGUGGCAGAUGGGGCGAACUGACGAGCGCUGUAGCUGCACUUGCUACUCGUUCACUCUGGCGUUAA